ACAUUACUGAACAGUAAUGUUUAGCUGUAGUAAAGAUAGCUUGCACAAGUACUUAAUGGGGGAUUUUCUAGUAUCAAUAAAGCACUAGUAGCAUAAAUGUUAAUACUAGUAGUACAUACAGUACUUACAUGCAUCGUAAUUUAAAAAUUGUUUGGCGAAAGAAUCUUAAUAUGAAGGCUUGUUGAGUCUCUGGCCUGAUGCUGAUUCUACACAAGAUGGCGCUAUUUCCUACUUUCCCUACACUCGCUUAUUCCAGGACAUUUCCUCCCAAAAUAUAACGGAGAUGGAGAAGUUUUGGAUGUCCAGAAGUUUGAGUCAGCUGACGUUUAACUUUCCCUUUCUGACUCAGUUCCUCCGACGGCAGAGAUGAGGCAGCUUUCGAAGGAAAGUCUAACUUACAAUCAUUUUGAACAGCUUGUUAAUUAUUAGGAAACGUACUGAAAUGCGUUUCAGAUUGUCAUCGUAACUGUGACGAAGUUUGGCGUUUUAAACGACUUUCCAGCUUAAAGGUUGGUCGUCUACUUGAAUCCAGAACAUCUUUCAUCAUGGGUGACUGGAGCGCACUGGGGAAACUUCUUGACAAGGUCCAGGCGUACUCCACUGCUGGAGGCAAAGUCUGGCUCUCCGUCCUCUUCAUCUUCCGGAUCCUGGUGUUGGGGACGGCGGUGGAGUCCGCCUGGGGAGACGAGCAGUCGGCCUUCAAAUGCAACACGCUGCAACCUGGAUGUGAGAACGUGUGCUAUGAUAAGUCCUUCCCCAUCUCCCACGUGCGCUUCUGGGUGCUGCAGAUUAUAUUUGUGUCCAUGCCGACCCUCUUAUAUCUCAGCCAUGUGGUGUUCCUUAUGAACAAAGAGGAGAAACUGAAUAAAAAAGAGGACAAACUACGAGACAUCCAAAGCAAAGGCGGAGAUGUGGACGUGCUCCUGCGCAAAAUCGAAACGAGGAAGUUCAAGUACGGAUUGGAGGAUCACGGGAAGAUCAAGAUGAGGGGAGGGAUAUUUUACACGUAUAUAGUGAGCAUCGUGUUGAAGUCCGUAUUUGAAAUUGUCUUCCUUUUAAUACAGUGGCAUCUUUACGGAUUCAAGCUGUCGGCUGUUUAUACGUGCGAGAAGUUCCCUUGUCCGCAUAAGGUGGACUGUUUUCUGUCCCGUCCCACAGAGAAGACAGUUUUCAUCAUCUUCAUGCUGGUCGUCUCGCUGGUCUCUCUGGCUCUCAACGUAUUUGAGUUUUUUUAUGUGAUUUUUAAGAGAAUGAAAGACCAAAUUAGGGAGUCUGAGAAGAAAUUUGACAGUGCCUGCAAUAUCAAGCCCUGUCCGAGGAAUCUGUCCGGCUAUGAGUAUUACAAUGACUGCUCGGCCCCCGUCCCAAAUCUAGGCUACAAUCUAGACACUGUCGAUAAAUCCAACUCCUCUGAUAAUUACGACAAGCAGGCUAAUGAGCAGAACUGGACUAAUUACAGCACAGAACAGAACCAGUUGGGUCACAGCCAGCGCUUUCCUUACCCGGAGAAAGUGACUCUAGGGAAGGAUCUUCUGCUGCUAAAAGAGCUUGAACCUCGACCCAGUAGUCGAGCGAGCAGUCGAGCCAGGCCGGAUGAUCUUGACAUCUAGCAGAAGCCUCAAACACUGACACUUUCUGCCUUUCACAACGUUUAAAGAAACUGUGAAAUGGACACUGUCACUGACAUCCAAAGAGUGGUGUUUAAGCAUUUGUAUUUAUUUUAUUCGUUUCGUACUCUUGUAACUCAUGCCAAACAGCUGUUUUUUAUGUGAACUAUUUAUGAACUGUGAUCGUGAAAUCAAAUCAUUUCACAGAUUUACUCUAUACACUACCUGACAAAAGUCUUGCUGCCUAUCCAAGUUUUAGGAACAACAAAUAAUAACUUGACUUUUAGUUGAUCAUUUGGU